AUGGCCGCCGAAUCUUCUAACCCUCGAACCGUCGAAGAGAUCUUCAAGGAUUUCGACGGUCGUCGUUCUGGUUUCCUUAAAGCUCUCUCCGUAGAUGUUGACAAGUUCUACUCUUUAUGCGAUCCGGAAAUGGAGAAUUUGUGUUUGUAUGGUCACCCAAAUGGGACAUGGGAAGUGAAUCUUCCAGCUGAGGAAGUGCCUCCUGAGCUACCUGAGCCAGCUCUUGGAAUCAAUUUCGCAAGAGAUGGUAUGGAGCGUAAAGAUUGGCUCUCUUUAGUUGCUGUUCACAGUGAUUGUUGGUUACUCUCUGUUUCUUCCUACUUUGGUGCUCGGCUUAAUCGUAAUGAGAGGAAACGCCUGUUUAGUUUGAUCAACGAUCUCCCAACUCUAUUCGAAGUAGUGACCGGCAGGAAGCCCACCAAAGAUAAACCAAGCAUGGAUCUUGGAAGCAAAUCCAGAAACGGCGUAAAGAGAUCAAUUGAAGGGCAGACAAAGAGCACACCGAAAUUAAUGGAAGAGAGCUAUGAAGACGAAGAUGACGAGCAUGGAGACACGCUGUGUGGAAGCUGUGGAGGAAACUACACAAACGACGAGUUCUGGAUAUGUUGUGAUGUGUGUGAACGUUGGUACCAUGGAAAGUGUGUGAAGAUAACACCAGCCAAAGCAGAGAGCAUCAAGCAGUAUAAAUGCCCUUCUUGCUGCACUAAGAAAGGAAGAUAA